CCAAACCCAGCGAGCUCGCGGCUUUCCCUGCCUGGUGGAACGCUUCUCUUAUCGGCCACUGCCCCAUACAGGUGUUCAUUCCUUCCGUGCCUUCACAUUCUGAGCGACUGCAGGACUCUCCAAUCACAAGUCGGCAUGAGCGGACUGCCACCAAUCGGCUGGCGGAGUUUGCAAAUAGCGCUUUUGAACGAGGCCAGAAAUGCAGAAGGCGCUGCCUGCGAAUGUUAGUGUCACUGUAUUAUUCCUAACCCUUCCCCAUUCCGGAGGGCUCUGAAAGCCGUUUCAUCACACACAGUCUGUCUCUGGUUCUGUACGCGUAGAGCAUUUCGGUCUAUAACUGGGUUUAGGGGUAUAAGUUGGAUAAAGACCCCGCCUGUCAGUUCUGUAGUGAGGAGCCCGGGCUGCCUGCGACAAGACAUGGCUAGGAGGUCUCCCGGCUCUGGCAAGGACGAGGACUUCACCUUCGUUAGCCCCAUGGUGAAAUAUCUUCUGUUCUUCUUCAACACGCUUUUCUGGGUAAUAUCCAUGGUGAUGGUGGGUAUUGGAGUUUAUGCUCGUCUUUUAAAACAUGCUGAGGCUGCCAUGGCCUGCCUUGCUGUGGAUCCUGCCCUGCUGCUUAUUGGGGUUGGGAUUUUAAUGUUCCUUAUCACAUUCUGUGGUUGCAUUGGAUCUCUGAGGGAAAACAUCUGCCUGCUGCAAACAUUCUCAAUUUGUCUGACGCUUGUCUUCUUACUUCAACUGGCUGUGGGCAUUGUAGGGUUCAUCUUCUCAGACAAGGCACGUGGAAAAGUAAGUGAAAUUAUCAGCAAUGCCAUUGAACAUUAUCGUGAUGAUCUUGACUUGCAGAAUCUCAUAGAUUUUGGGCAGAAAGAGUUUAGUUGCUGUGGGGGCAUCUCUUACAAGGACUGGUCCCAGAACAUGUACUUCAACUGCUCCUCAGAAAAUCGCAGUCAGGAGCGCUGCUCUGUACCCUACUCUUGCUGCCUACAUGAUGAACAUGAGGCUGUGAUCAACACCUUGUGCGGACAGGGAAUGCAGGAGCUUGACUACCUAGAGGCAGGAGAGUUCAUCCAUACCAAUGGCUGCAUUGACAAACUUGUUAACUGGCUUCACAGUAACCUUUUCCUACUAGGAGGUGUGGCCCUGGGACUGGCAAUUCCACAGCUGGUUGGAAUCCUCCUGUCCCAGAUUCUCAUCAAUCAAAUUCGGGACCAGAUCAAACUACAGAGCUAUAACCAACAGCACAAAACAGACCCUUGGUACUGACAGAGGGCUAGUUGUGUCCGCCCAACUCUGCUUUGAACAAUAACUGCAGUACACCUCCUGGGCCAGGAAAAGCACUAGCAGAUUUCAGGUCACACUGAUUGCCACAGAACUCUUUAGCUAUAUGGAAACUCUUUGGAAGAGCUACAGUGAAGCGCCAUCGUCUCCUAGAAGAGUUUCCAAUCGUCUUACCAAAGGCUGCAUUGUGGCAUUUUGAUUUAAUGUAUUUUAGAAAGCUUUACACUGUGAGGAAUAAAGUUUGCGCUUCUGUGGUCACCGAGAAGACAUUUGCUGAUUAAAUAAAUCAGGAGUAAAAGCAUCUAUACUGUCAAUACAAGGUGUACUAUUCAGAGAGGAAUGUUCUAAAUGCUUGGGCAUUUUUUUUUAUCAUUGCCAUUUAUAUUUAUUUUAUUUUACACAAUAAAUGAUGGAGGCUUUGAAUAGUUUGCUAUUAA